AUGGCACAUAAAGGAAAAACAGUGGAGGAAAUAUAUCAGAAGAAAACGCCAAUUGAGCACGUUUUGCUGCGGCCAGACACAUACAUAGGUUCUGUGCAGCCAGAAAGCAGAAGCAUGUAUGUGUGGGACAGCGAGAAAGGCAAAAUGGUUCGAAAAGAGGUUACGUACACUCCAGGCCUGUACAAAAUAUUCGAUGAAAUAUUAGUAAAUGCAGCUGACAACAAAACACGGGACAAAAAAAUGAAGGAGAUCCGGGUAGAGGUGGACCGGAAGGCGUCUACAAUUUCUGUGUACAACGACGGGCAGGGGAUUCCUGUUGUGGUGCAUGCGAAGGAGAAUGUGUACGUUCCAGAGCUGAUAUUUGGACACCUUUUGACCUCGUCGAACUACGACGACGCAGAGAAAAAAAUGACAGGAGGAAGGAACGGGUACGGGGCAAAGCUGUGCAACAUUUUCAGCAAGGAGUUUAUCAUUGAGACAGCGGACAAGAAGAACAGAAAGCUUUUUCGGCAGGUCUACAGAGGAAACAUGCUCUCCCGAGAGGAGCCAACAAUCACGGAGUACACGGGGGACGAGUACACGAAGGUGACAUUUCAGCCGGACCUUGAGAAGUUCAGCAUGAAAAAAAUAGACGACGACUUUAUGUCGCUGAUUCUGAAAAGAGUGUACGACCUUGCAGGGACGGUUGCAGACAUUUCUGUGUACUUCAACGGGAAGCUGAUUCCGGUGAAGAGCUUCAAGGAGUACAUCGGGCUGUUUUUUGACAGCGACGUUGAGAUUGUGUACGAGUCCAAGGGGCGGUGGGAGAUAGCGUAUGUUUUGGGAGACGAGCAGUUCCAGCACGUGAGCUUUGUAAACAGGAUCUCGACGCCAAGGGGAGGAACACAUGUGAACUACAUUGCGGACCAAAUCGUGUCGGCUGUGGUGGAGCAGGCGAAAAAGGUCGAAAAGGGCCUGGUGGUGCGACCUCUGCAGGUGAAGGCAAACAUUUUCCUGUUUCUGAACUGCCUGAUCGAGAACCCGGCGUUUGACUCGCAGACGAAGGAAACACUGACGUCCAAGCAGACCACGUUUGGGUCCAAGCACACGCUCGGGCCGCGCUUCAUCUCGGACGUAAUGAAGAGCGGGAUUGUGGAGAAGUCGGCGUACGCGGCCAGGGCCAAGCAGACGCAGCAGCUGAAGAAAACGGACGGGCACAAAACGUCAAAGCUCCGCGGAAUUCCAAAGCUCGACGACGCAAACAACGCGGGAACGCGGUAUGCAGCGCAGUGCACGCUGAUUUUGACGGAGGGAGACUCUGCCAAGUCCUUGGCGGUGUGCGGGCUGUCUGUGAUUGGGCGCGACAACUACGGAGUCUUUCCCUUGCGGGGAAAGCUGCUCAACGUAAGGGAGGCCACGCACAAGCAGCUCAUGGAAAACCUGGAGAUAAACAACAUCAAAAAAAUCAUGGGGCUGCAGCACGGGCGGGAGUAUGAAAGCACGGAAAGCCUCCGGUACGGCCACAUUUUGAUUAUGACGGACCAAGACCACGACGGGAGCCACAUAAAGGGGCUUAUCAUAAACAUGCUGGACCACUUUUUCCCGUCCCUGCUGCGAAUCAAGGGGUUCCUGCAGGAGUUCAUCACUCCAAUUGUGCGCGCCACAAAGGGAAGCAUGUCCCGAGACUUUUUCACGAUCCCAGAGUUUGAGUCCUGGACAGAAACAGGCGAGGGCCGGGAGAACGGGUGGAAAAUCAAGUACUACAAGGGGCUGGGUACCAGCACGGCCAAGGACGCAAAGGACUACUUUUCGAACCUGGGGUUCCACAUAAAGGAGUUCACCACGGUGGACUCUGCAGACCGGGACAAGAUCGAGCUUGCGUUCAGCAAAAAGAGAAUUGAGUCCCGAAAGGUGUGGCUGAAGGAGUUUGUGCCCGGAACGUACUUGGACAACAGGGUGCAGGCGAUUUCGAUAAAAAACUUCAUAGACAGAGAGCUGAUACACUUUUCGCUCGCGGACAACAUCCGGUCGAUUCCCAACGUAAUUGACGGAAUGAAGCCCGGGCAGCGGAAAAUUAUUUUCUGCUGCUUCAAAAGACAGCUGAAAACCGAGAUAAAGGUUGCGCAGCUGGCUGGUUAUGUGUCGGAGCACUCGGCGUACCACCACGGAGAGCAGAGCCUGUGCUCGACCAUUGUGAAUCUGGCGCAGGACUACGUUGGGUCCAACAACAUUCCGCUCCUCCAGCCAAUUGGGCAGUUUGGAACCCGCCUGCAGGGCGGUAAGGACGCGGCCAGCCCCAGGUACAUAUUUACAGCGCUGGACCCGAUCACGCGGCACAUAUUCAAGGAGCAGGACGACCAUUUGCUGAACUAUCUGAAGGACGACAACCUGCUGGUGGAGCCAGACAUGUAUGUGCCCAUUAUUCCGAUGGUGCUGGUGAACGGGUCUGACGGAAUUGGAACGGGGUGGAGCACGUCUAUUCCCUCGUACAACCCGCUGGAAAUUGUGGAAAACGUAAAGAGAAUGAUUCGCGGAGAGGAGCCUGUGGACAUGGUCCCGUGGUACAAGGGGUUUUCCGGGGAAAGCGAGGACCUGGGGAACGGAAAGUACAGGACAAACGGGGUGUACGAGUCGGAGCCCGGGCGGAUUGACAUACUUGAGCUGCCGGUUGGCGUGUGGACGCAAAACUACAAGGACUUCUUGGAGACGCUUAUAGAGUCGGGCGAGGUGAAAGACUUCCGCGAGUACAACACAGACACAAAGGUGUACUUUGAGGUUGUAGUGCCCAAGCAGAAAAUAAACAUUCCAAAGGUGUUUAGGUUGAGCGCACAGAUGUCCACCGCUAACAUGGUGGCGUUCAACAGCAAAGGGGUUCUGCAGAAGUAUGCGAACACAGGCGAAAUCAUAAAAGAGUUCUAUGCGGUGCGCAAAGACAUGUAUGUCCGAAGAAAGGAUUUUUUGCUGAAAAAGCUCCUUGUCGAAACAACAAUUCUGGAGAACCGGGUUCGCUUCAUUGGGGAAGUCGUGUCCGGCGCUAUGAAAAUCCUAAAAAGAAAGGCUGCGGAGAUUGUGGCCGAGCUGGAGGAAAACGGCUAUGACAAAAAGGACGACUCGUACGACUAUCUUCUAACCAUGCAAAUUGCCUCGCUGACCGCUGAGCGAAUGGAAAAGCUUAGCAGGGAGGCCGAGACAAAGAAGGCAGAGUAUGCUGCCUUGAAGGAAAGAACAAUAGAGAACAUGUGGCUGGCAGACUUGGAUGAGUUUUUGGACAACCUGGACAUGAGUGUGCGGGAGGACAGCGACUCCGGCAAGAAGAAGGGGAGGCGGAUAAAGUCCAAGAAGACGCUGCCAAAGCAGGACACUCUGCCGAAGAAGCCGAAAGCUUCGCAGGGAGAGGCAAAAACCGCCAACACGCGGGCCCGGAAAGAGCGAGUCUCUGUGCUGGACAGCGACAGCGAUAUGUCCCACACCACCCUGGGAGACAGCCCAGACAGAGCGAAAAAGAAGCCGGCCGCAUCUGUAAAAAAGCUUGGGGACAGCGCAAAAAACAGGCCGUGGGACAAGAUUAUUAUCAGCAGCGACGAAGACGAUGAAUAA